UGUAAAGUCUUCUCAUAGCAGGGUGGAGCCAGUGUUCCAGCUGAGAGCCGAAGCGUGUUCAGGUCUGCACUGAGAGAGCACCGCGCUUCACCGAGACGCUCGUCUGAGCUUUAACUGAAACUUCAGGAUGAAGAGAAUUUCACCUGUGAAGAAAUUAAAGGCUGCUGGUGGUGACGCUCCAGACUCACCUGCACAACAAGAAAACGCUGACAAGAACCUGCCUCAGAGGAAGAAGCAAGCAUGGAAUAAAGGUGAAUCUGGAGCAGAAAGUAUGGCAGUGGAGGUUUUACCCAUUUCCCCUGAUCUUGACCGCUUGAUUAGGCAGCGGGGCAGAGACUUACGCUUGCGGCAGGUUGAGCGGCAGCAUGCGGUGAAGCUGGUCAACACUCUGGUAACAAAUUUACAGAAGUUCCUGAAGGACAACAAGGAGCAGCCUUUCUUUAGAGAUAUGUCUGUGCUCACUACAGGCAGCUACUAUGAAUUAGUGAAGAUCAAUAAACCAAAUGAGUUCGAUAUCAUGUUGAAACUUAAAACCCCACGCCUUGCGUGGACGGAGCUGAAGGACUACAAUGGGCUUUUCUAUACAGUUUCCCUCACUCGUCGAACACGUUCUGAGAUACGUUCUUUCCUCUUAGAAGAUGAACUCACCAUCUCAUCGUCUAAAAUAAUGAAGGAGAUGCACUUUUUGGUCCGCAAGUUUGUCACCACCCACCAAGGUUUGCUUCAUGAGUCCGCUGGUGAAGGUCACUGGGUGGUGUGUAAGAGGCGGCUAAAUUCGCCAGCUGUGACCCUGGCGUUUGUGAGUGAGAAUGAGAGGGAAGAAAUACUGUCUGUAGACAUUGUACCUGCCCUAGAGGUGCCACAGGGCUGGCCACAAGCUGCACGGGCUGGACCUGUUGUGGAUAAAUGGCUUGGGAAAAACGCUCGGCGGAAAUUUCUUAGCCAGCCUGUUUAUUUCGUCCCAAAGAGACCAAAACAGCGAAAUCUCAGUGACGUUGAAAAAGAGAGCUGGAGAAUAUCAUUCUCUCAUAUUGAAAAAGAAAUGAUGAAAUACCACGGCAACAAGAAGACGUGCUGUGAGGGUAGAACAAAUGAAUGCUGCCGAAAACUUUGUUUGCGGCUUCUCAAGUGUCUGUUUGAGGGCCUAAAGGAGACUCAUCAAGGCAAACUCUCAUCUCUCUGCUCCUACCAUGGGAAAACUGUCUUUUUCCACCACCUUUCUGUCAGAUGUGAAGAUUCGCUGUGGACCCCUGGACAGCUGUCUGACUGCUUUAUGAAGCUUUUGGGGGACUUUGAGAAUGCUGCACAACUUGGCUCACUUCCCCAUUUCUUCGUUCCCGACUUUAAUCUCUUCUCUCCAGCUGUCUUUUCCAAGCGCUCUCGUCUGUUUCUGGUCGAAGUGCUGAGGAACCAGAGGGAAUCUGGUCUUCCUCUUCUUCAGGUGCAAAGAUCUCCUCCAGCCCUUUUCUACACUCCUGCCCUUCCACCGCAGAUUGAGGAAAUCUCUGCAGAAGCUGUUACCCCCCUAAACCAUGACACUAUGACGUUUCAGACGAGCUCUUUUACCUACUCAUACAUGACUCUGGCUUGUGUUAUUGUUUUUAUGGCCAUUGGAUGUGUGUUUCGUGCACUGGUUCAGUAGGGCACCAAACCUGGAACCAGCACCUUUUUUUGCAUGCCUUUGGUACUUAAGCACUUUCUAGGCUUUUCACUUCCUUUCAAUUAUUAUUAUUAUUCUUUUUAAGCAAAUGCACUUUAUAUUUGUUUUGCAUUUUAUUGGUCUUUUCUAUUUACUUUACUCUAUGCAUGACGUAUUUUACAUUUUUUCAUGGUUGGCAAUGAGAAUGAGAAUAUUUAUUCUUAUAAUUAUAAAUUACAUCACAAUAUGCCACAAUAAGCUUUUGCAGGGCACUGUAGAUUUUAUUAGCGCUUGCAAACUGCAUGGUUCAUAACAAAGAUUAAUGUUGUG